AGUACUUGUCCUACCAAAUAGACAUUGCAUUAGACUUGAGAGUAAACAAACAUGGCUGACGAUUCGAUUGUGUUUUGCCAAAGAGAACUUCCAAUGAGUGCUUUUCCGAUAAUUUCGGAAAUCAGGCGCCAAGGACAGCUUUGCGAUGUUACACUCAAAGUUGGUGAUCAGAAGCUAUCCGCUCACAGAAUAAUCCUAGCAGCAACUAUUCCAUAUUUCCAUGCCAUGUUUACACAUGACAUGGUAGAGAAUAAACAGUCAGAGAUCUUGAUGCAAAGUGUGGAGCCAAGUGCUUUGGAAGCCCUAGUCAACUUUGCUUAUACUGGAAGGAUAGUAAUUGACUUGAAUAAUGUCCAGUCAUUGUUAAUUGUUGCUGGGUUUCUUCACAUGCAAGCUGUCAAAGACGCUUGCACAAGUUAUCUCAAGAGCAAACUUGAUUCAUCCUCCUGUUUAUCUGUGCGCCAGUUUGCUGACCAGUAUCAAUGUCCAAGCCUAGUUGAAGCCGCCAAUAAGUACAUUCAAAAUAAUUUUCGACAUGUUGCUUUGUCAUCAGAUUUCCUCUCAUUACCUAAGUCAGAGGUGCUGGAGAUACUGUCUCAUGAUGAACUCUAUGUGACCUCAGAAGAACAGGUUUUUGAGUCUGCCAUGAGGUGGAUCAAACAUGAUCCAGAAAACCGUGUCAAAGAUUUACCAGAACUAAUGGUCAGAGUAAGACUGCCCUUAUUGACCCCUCAGUAUCUAAGUGACCAUGUGGCCACAGAAGACAUUAUUAAGAACUCUCUUCAGUGCAGGGAUCUUUUAGACGAAGCCAGAGAUUAUCAUUUGAUGCCAGAGAGGAGAUUACUCAUGCAGACUUUUAAAACCAGGCCCAGGUGUUGUACAGAUAAUCCUGGAUUUAUUUAUGCUGUGGGUGGACUGACCUCAUCAGGUGAUUCCUUAAGUACAGUUGAAAGGUUUGACCCGAUUACUGGUCAGUGGACACCUGGGGAACCAAUGAACACAAUGAGAAGUCGAGUUGGAGUGACUGUUCUCAAAGGACGCCUGUAUGCAAUAGGAGGCUACAAUGGUAUGGAGAGACUAGACACUGUAGAGGUCUAUGAUCCUGUUAUCAAAAGGUGGACUCGUGUGGCUUCCAUGCACUGCAAGAGAAGCGCACUUGGAGCUGUGAGUUUGAACAAUAAAAUCAUUGUCUGUGGAGGCUAUGAUGGUGUGACCUCAUUGCGAUCUUGUGAAACCUAUGACCCUGACGCUGACACGUGGUGUCCCAUGCUUCCCAUGCACAAACAUCGUAGUGCUGCUGGCGUAACGGUAUUACGAGGUUGUGUUGUCAUCUGUGGCGGGCAUGAUGGGCUUUCAAUAUUUGACUCAGUGGAGUCCUACAACCCAGCCACAGGGGAAUGGAAAAUCCUGCCUUCAAUGACCUCCAAACGCUGCCGCCUAGCAGUGGCUACCUUGAAUGAUAAAGUGUAUGCUGUAGGUGGCUAUGAUGGCUAUGUAUUCCUUAAGUCUGUGGAGAGGUUUGAUCCUGACACGCAGAUAUGGGAGCCGAUUUCAACACUGCAGGUCAAGAGAAGUCGUGUCUCUGUGGCUGCUACGUACGGACGUCUCUAUGCCAUUGGAGGCUAUGAUGGUCAAGGGAAUCUAGGCACUGUAGAGAUGUACGACCCAAACACAGACGAGUGGAAGUUUGUUGCUAGUAUGAGUGCUCAUGAGGGGGGUGUUGGGGUAGGUGUUAUAUCUAUGGACUCGCUGGUGGAUGAGACGGUAGUCAACUAAGUCAAUGGGAGAAGCCCUACAGUUCAAACUGCUUUUUUCUUUUAAUUAAAAUUGACAACUUUUAAAAGCAGACAAAAAUGGAGUGAUAAUUGCUAUUUAUUGGGUCAUUUACUAAACAAAAUUUGUUGUUCGAAUCCAGAUUGUUUUAUUUUUGUGCACACCAGCACUGCAUAUUAAAGGUCAUCUAUUUAUUUGAAAUGCUCCUUUUAUUUUGUGCGUACAAAUUGAGGACAACUAAAGACAUUGUUGUUGUUAAAAAAAGAUGAACGCUCAGCCAGAGUGUAUUUGUAUUUGUGUUGCACUCUAUGGUAUUGAAUAAGAUCAAAUCUGAUCUAGUGGGAUAAUGAAUCAAACCUCGGAUCACAAUCUUGUUUUUUUCUUUAUAUGUUUUUUUUUUAUUCUUGAUUGUGUAUGCGAUCACUUUGUUACCUGUCCAAUGUUGAAACAAAAGAAAUGUUUCAAAAACACGUUUGUUAAAAUUUUACAUUUCUAUGCAUAUUGUUUCCAACACAGGGAGUCCUUAUCCAUGUAUUGAUCAAAGAUGGGCCUUUUGCAAUGUUUUGUUCAAAAUAUGUUUUGUUCUUUUAAGUAAAUAUGUUUAUAGAAAUUCUACAGUGUGUUGCCCCUGUGUGUCUUGGCUGUGGUUUCUAGUCAAGUUAGUUCCGUGCUCUCUCUAAUUGUUGCAUUGAUAGCUAGUCUGUUCAUGUUCUUUUCUCAAUCUACUUAUGGAAGGUUUCCUUUUUUUUAAAGUAACUAAAACAGACACGAGAUAAUUGAUAUCACUAUUCGUAUCUAAAUUAUUUAAAUCACUACUUAUCAUGAACCACAAAGCUAGAAUGGUAUAUUAGAUGUAGAAAAGGACAACCAUUUUUGACAGAUUGAGGUAGCAAAUAUAUAGAUUGCAAGUCUCAAUUAGAAAAUUGUCUUUCCACUAAUUGGUCUCCACCAUGUUAUCAGAAUAACAAAACUGCAUGACAUGGUCAGAGUCAUUGUUUGAUUGAAUAUAAAGCCAUGAAAUGUUUACUUGGCAUUGACUUCAUGAAAUGUAACAUUUGAAUGUAUAUGGGUGAGUAAUGUCUUUCAAUCACUUGAAUGUCUGUUGGUUAUAAAUGCAUUUAUUAAAUUGAUCUCAUUAUAAAUCUAUCAUUUUA